AUGGCGUUGACCAACGCCGUCGUCCUACUGCUGCCGUUGCUGACGCUGCAGAGUUGCAUAGUAAGGACUCGGGCCGAACACGUACACGGGAAACGUCAUCCAGAGCAUGCUGGUGGUUUACGAACCAGGGCUGGCCGGCCACCUCCUGUUGAUCCUUCUGUCUACAUUCCGUCGCAUUUUAUUCAGUAUUCGCAUCCUCGCUUUUCUCCAGUCCUAGAAAUACUUAAACAACGCCAACAAAUGCAAGUGUCUGGAACCUUGCAAUCAACCAGUGAUACGACACCAGAUCCUGCAAACGUCGAGACUGGAUCUUCAGGGCACAGAUCGCUUGUAAGACGUGAGUUACAAGACAAAACUCGCCUCCUAUCAGUCCCAAGAGCACCUGUUCUUAUUUCUAAUGAUUUGCCAUCUCAGCACUAUGUUUCUCAUCCUAUUAUCCGAAAACUUGAAUUGGAUUCAUAUGAACUUGAAGGUUUGUCUUCUGGUGAUCAUAUUUCCUUGACUAUUCCUGAUGGUACUGCGAAAAGUGAAUCUUUUAUAUUUUCAAGACCAUCGCGUUCAGUGAAUCUGAAUGAAGAAAAGCAUCUGAACUCUCUUGAACAGUCCUUUCCUUCUCUUCGUUCAUCUUCGUCUUUGGAACUAUCUUCAUCGACCGGUAAACAAUCCUCCACUGCUAAUAAUCCAUCUUCAUCUUCAAAUCGUAUUCCGUCUUCAUCCUCAUCUGCUGCUAACAAACUUAUCUCUAUUCCUACUGAACCAUCUGCAGAUCAUGUUACUUUCCCUGUAAAUCAUUCAUCACCUUCCGAAGAUCGUCGAUCCCGUACUUCAAAUACGCCAGUCGUGCCCUCAAACAGCCCACCUGCCGCUGAAGACAACGUACCACUCAGUUCUUUCCCUUCUUCUGGCCAUUCUGCGACCUCUAACUCGACCACCUCAACUAGAGGGGACUCGCACCCCGCAGCUCUAUCCUCCCCGGAUCGAUUACCAUCUCUUGCAAAUAGCACCUCCCGGGUUAUGGAAGAACAAAUUGCCAAUGAAAAAGUUACCAUCUCGGCAAAGGAUACGUCUCCUGAUGACAAACAUAUGCUGCCAGACGAAAUUGCGUCCAAAGUACUUCCAUCCAUUCUCCCACUGAUGCAAGCCCUGCAGUCUAUGAUGGUGGGCUACGGAUCUACCUACGAAACAGAGUUUAUCCCCGACGUGCUGCCUGCUACACAUGAGGAGAUUCCUUAUGCGGCAGCAGCAAACACCCAGUAUGACGUCGUUCAUUACAGAGAUCAACUUGAUCAUAUGAGCAAGGUAUCACCCAUGACUAGUUUUCUGUUCGGGGGAAGCGGAGAAGGGAAGAAAUUUCCAUUUCUUUCAGCUCCAAGGCAAGGUAGAAUCCUGGGAUAUGUAGAGGGUUUCACCGUGUGAGAAAUUUCCGGCAGAGAAUAUAAAACAUCUAUAGAAGAUUAACGAUGCAUUAUUAAUCCCGAAAAAUGUAAUGAGAUGAGAUGCAGUAGUAUGUUUACGCGAAUUCGCUUAGGAAGUGCUUGAAUUAACUUAUUGCAAUCUUACUUAAUUUU